ACAUGGAAAGAUUAUAAACUCGUCUGGGAUAUCAGCGAGUACGGGAACAUAACGGACGUUCGAUUUCCGGCUGGUCGAAUAUGGAAGCCGGACGUGCUGCUCUACAACAGUGUCGACACGAAUUUUGACUCAACAUAUCCAACAAAUAUGGUGGUGUACAAUACUGGUGAAGUACAUUGGAUCCCGCCGGGUAUCUUCAAGAUCUCAUGUAAAAUUGACAUCGAGUGGUUUCCUUUUGAUGAACAACGCUGCAAAUUCAAGUUCGGUUCAUGGACUUACGAUGGAUUCAAACUUGAUUUGCAGCCAGCUAAAAAAGGAUUUGAUAUUUCUGAAUACUUGCCGAAUGGGGAGUGGGCAUUACCUUUGACAACGGUCUCGCGAAACGUGAAGUUCUACGACUGUUGUCCUGAACCGUACCCAGACCUGACAUUCUACUUGCACAUGCGGAGACGGACACUCUACUACGGUAAAGAAGUAACCUCGAAUAAAGUUCCCAGAUAUUCACUUCUACUUCUAUUUUUAGGCUUCAACCUCAUCAUGCCAUGUAUACUUACAACUCUGAUGACUUUACUCGGGUUCACAUUACCGCCUGAUGCUGGAGAGAAAAUCACUUUGCGUGAGGCUUUCUUUGUAGCAAGAUCACCGUUUUGCUUUCCAUUUGUUUCUUCUUUGAGCAUUGUUUCCGAUAUGUCGCCACCAACAUCGGAAGCUGUUCCACUUCUU